AUAAAAUUAAAAGGAAAGAUAAAAAAAAGGUUGAUUUUAGCGGAGAAGUGAUUUGUACUGGUCCACCUGAAAUAGAAGUUUCUAGUAAUGCGUCUACGUUUGCUGUUUUUGCCAGUGUAAGGGGUGCCGUUUUAGAGAAACAUGCCAGACGUAUAAACGAAGCUUACAGAGCUCCAAAUUGUACUUCACCUGUACCUCCAGAAUUCAGCGACAGCAUUAUUUCUGAGAGCGAUGAUGAAGAUCGAGUAUUAACAACGCAAAGCUUACCAAAGAUUGUUGGAAUAGGUCUAAGAAGCGUCUUCACUUUAUUGAGAGAAAGUCGAGCAGUGGAGCCAGUGUUAUGUACUAAAGCUCUUAGCGCUCUGUUGGACGUAUUACAAGGACAAUUACCCGAGGGCUUAAAAGCUGAGCCCAAUGAAGCUAUUGAUCCUUUAUUUGAUUUACUUUUGGACCUCGCAACUUCACAUGGUCCUGAGUCAUCGGCACCUAAUGAUGGAAGUCACUUAACAGCAGUCGCUUGCGCUUGUUUACUUAGUUUAGUUGUCGUUCGUGGAGAUACAAGUAGACUUUUAUCAACGAUAGCAGCUUUAUUAAUGAGUCCAAGAGCACUCGCCAUACAGAAUAUUCAGAUGCCUAUUGUACUUACUUCUCUUCAAAGAAGUAUACAUGCAGUUCUGCUUGGAAAACUUGCUCGGCCAGAUUGGAUAACUCAUGGUGUUCCUAAAACGUCUAAGAUUUAUACCUCUACGCUUAAAUUACCAAAUGAAAUAAAUAAUUUAAGUUUGAACGGACGAAGCUUCAUUAGCGACGGCAAAUACUUGUACCUACAUACCAAUUGUGGUUUAUUUAAAAUUGGUAAUGGCCACGGUGGUACAAUAUGGGGUCACAUUUAUGCUCAUAAGCCAGACUUUUAUCCAUUAGAAACAGGAUGGAUUGGUUAUGCAAAUAGUUCCUUAUAUUUUAAAUGUGCUCCUAAGAAGCAAUGCGAGCUAAUGAUAUUAGACGCUGAUACAUUAGCAAUAAGAGGGAUCGCUGUUUUAGAGGGAAAAGAUUGGUUAUCAUCCCUUAUGUUUUCAGAUGGUGAAAAUUUAGGAAUGAUAACUGCCGGUAAAGAUGAGGGCUUUGUUGUUCGUACAAUAAAUACUUUGAGCAAUCCAGUCACCGUCACAUCAGAACUUCCUCUAAAACUAGCAAGGAAGUGUGUAGAUGUAUUUGGAUAUGCAUCAUUUGACGAAGAUCAGGCUUCUUAUAUUUUAAAUCCUCGCUGCGAUGAUGAAAUAGCAUAUGUAGCUGCUGGGAAGGAAUUCAUGCUAUUGCGAACGGUUUCUGGUAAAUUAUUAUACAGCGGAAAGGGAAGAUGCAUUGGAAUGAGGAAUAACAUAAGAUCCAAUAGGUGGUUAGAAGUUGCCAUAGGAAAGAAGUACAAAGUUACGAAUUUCGCGGUUGGACACGAGGGUCAACACGCUAUUCUGAUUCUCGAGGAUGGAUCUGUGCUUUUCGCUGGUACUGCUAGACGCGGCGAAGAUGGAGACAGUAAUAAAGUUAGACAACAACCAAAGCCAAGCAAACCAAAGAAAAUGCAAAAAGUGGAGGGUCAAUUUAUAGUGAAAGCUGCGUGUAAUAAUGGCUCUACCGCUUUAGUAACGAAAGAGGGUUCCUUAAUAAUGUUUGGCAAGGAUACGCUGUAUAGUGAUGAAACUACUGGAUUGGUUCCGGAUCUUAAAGAUGUUUGCGUUGUUAAUGUUGCUCUGGGAAAGGCGCAUGCCGCUAUUUUAACAAAUAAGGGCCAGCUGUAUACGUUCGGAAUAAAUAACAGAGGACAGUGCGGUAGAGAUUUUUCAACUAUACAUUCGAUAAAUAAGGAUAUUAGUGUUACGGCUAUGGAAACCGGCAUGACCGAGGAUGAUGCCAUUGGUAUUGAAAAUGAUGGCAAAGAGGCUGGCGAAGAAUGGGACGAAGAUAAAAGAAUACGAGUGGAUGAGAUGUGUUCUCCAGGUGAACAUCAAUGGAGACAUCGAGCUUGUAUGAUUUGCACUGUAUGUCGCGAAUGUACAGGUUACAGCAAAUCAUGUCUCAGUAGUAUAAGACCGGGAAGGAAUCCUGGACAAGAAUGUGGUUGCGGCGAGGGUGACAGUGGCUGCGUGGAGUGUGGGUGUUGUCGAAUCUGUGCUGGAAAAGUGUGUGAUAACGAAGGAGAAAUGCCAAUACUGCGUGCACCUGCAGCUUAUGGUACUUCUCAAGUAUCGAAAUUGGUUAUUCGUGAGAUCCUUAGAAAACGUUUAGCAGAGAAAAAACAAAAGCAAUGGAAAGGGCAAAAUAACCAACGAAACAUACAUGUAGCCGGCCCGAUUGUCGUGGUGCAAAAAUGUGUACCACCCAAAGGAGCGGGGGAGGCAGGAGCCUCGGGCUCGGGUGCGGCUGCGGCGGGUAACGUCCACGUGGUUGCCGCGGAAGAAGCCGUCGCUGGGGACAGCAGUGACAUCGAGCGUGGCGAUACUACGCGGGUGGCAAGCAUAUCACCCGCCCGAGUACCGAUUCCCAGCGACAGUCCCGUGGUCCAGGUGUGUUGCGGACUCCAUCACACGGUCGUUCUCCUGCAGAGCGGCGAGGUCUUCACAUUUGGCAGCAAUAUUUACGGGCAGCUGGGUGUCGGCAAUCUGGUCGCCCAAGCUGGACCGCUGCUGGUAAAAAUACCCGGCACCGCUGUCCAGAUCGCCGCCGGAAGCAAUCACACGGCUGUACUUACGGCCAAGGGGGAGGUCUACGCUUUUGGUGCCUAUCAAAAAGGCCAGUUAGGUAUGAACUGGUGGAACGAUCAACAGCAGCAGCAGCAACAUAAUCGCGAUAACGAGCGCUCGCAACCCUGGCACAGUUUUCCGAAUAUUGUACCGAAUAUCGGGCCACGUUGGGGCAGAAAAGCUACGUGGAUCAGUGCUUCCGGAGAUCAGACUUACAUUAAGGUUGACGAGAUCAACAGCAUCAGUCUGACACGAAGUACAGUCAUGGCUAACAAGAACUGUAUAAUCGUACUACCUAAUUACACCGAACACAGAAACUCGUUCAAGUGCCUCGUGAUUAACAAACGCGAUGGCUUAUGCAAUAGCUUUAGUGGUACCGAUCAAGUUGAUUUCAAUCAGUGUGCUACAUGUUUGGAUCCGCUGUACAAUGUCAUUUGGGCCUUCAACCCCUCGAACAACGAAAUCACCUAUUACAAUGUGAUAUCAACCGAAGCGAGAACGAUUCCGAAUCUGGAGGUAUCGAUCUUGAGCCCCGGUUUGGCCCUACCGGUAGUUCCCAAUUGUUACGUGACGAGGUCUCAGGCAGCUAUGCAUUUACUCGCGUGUCUGGAUACUCUUACCCAGGCACAGGACGAGAAGUUUGUGAUCGUCGAGGGUAGCGAUAAUAAUCCAUCGUCUAAUGAAAAAGUUUACAGUAGAGAGGAUUUUGCCACGGUGUCAAGAUUCGAGAAGCACGGGGGUGGAUGGGGAUAUUUGGGACAAUCUAUCGAGGCCAUAAGAUUUAUGUCUGAUACGGACAUUUUAUUGGGUGGCUAUGGACUAUUCGGUGGUCGAGGUGAAUACACAGCAAAAAUCAAGCUCUUCGACAUCGGAUUAGAAGGUGGCGAGGAAGAAAUUGAUGGCGAGCUUCUUGCCGAAACCGAUCAGAUUCCGUACGAGUGCGAGCCUCGGCAAACGUAUUCCAUACUUUUUAACGAGCCCGUAGCCCUUCAAGCCAAUCGCUGGUACGUUGCCUGGGCAAAGGUCAGCGGCCCUUCGAGCGACUGUGGCUCGGGAGGCCACGAAAUGGUCACCGCCGAUGAUCAGGUCGUAUUUUACUUCAAGACCUCGAAAGAGGCCAACAAUGGCAGUGACGUGAAUGCUGGACAAAUUCCUCAGCUGCUGUACAGAGUGAUUACUCCGGAGAAUCAAAAUUAUAGUCGUAAGAAGGAUCAGGAGGAGGCAGUGUACAUACUGAAAAAGGAGUUCAGCAGAACGGUUACGGAAGAGUGUUUUCACUCAUUGAUAUCAUUGUUGCAGUGGAGUUGGAAUACGUUAAAAGCCAAUAUGACCGAUACGAGUUUAUAUAUUGCGUCAUCACCCUCGUAUACAAUUGUCGAGAUGGACAGGCUGGUUUAUAUUAGUAAGGCAAGCUUGAGAUUAUUGAGAACCUACACCAAUGAGAUUUAUCCGAAUCAGACGAGUAAAAAGACUCCUUCAGAAUCGGUGAGAUUGGCCGAGUGCAUCGGUGAAAUCAGAGCUUUGUUGAGACAGAUUUUGUCAGACUCGGUGACCUCGAGUACGAAAGGCAAAACGAAGAUGAACAAGAAUUCAGCGACUCUGCGAAAUAAGCUGACAGGCGCCAUAUUGGAAGAAUGCUACAAGACAUUUGUCGCGUGCUAUCAUGCAUUUUAUCCAACAGCUUAUCUUAAAUGGACGUCUCUUUGUGAACUUUUGUCGGAGAUCGAUAAGGAGCAGGGUACAACCAGCAAGGACAGAUUGCUAUCCGCUGUUUUGGCCUCGCUUUGCAGUUCCUCGGUGCGCUUGCGCUGUACAUUCCCGAUCUUGAAUAACGUCAUGGACAAUAGCGAUAGCGUUAAGCGACAGUUAAGUCCAUCCGAUAAUGCCGAAUUACCGAUGCUGAACUCAAGCGAACCGCAUCAUUAUCCGAUUCUGGUGGAACAGAUUAGUUAUAAAUCGCAAAUUGAGAGUACUGGGAAGGAAAUUUUGAAUUGGUCAUUUCGCGAGGUGUUGGACAGAUUCACGCGGGUUAACCAAACAAGGUCCUGGAAUACUGGUAACGGCUCGCCCGAUGCCGUCUGCUUUUCCGUUGAUAGGCCGGGAAUCCUCAUUGCUGGAGUUGGGAUCUAUGGUGGUGCUGGUGUAUACGAUUACGAGCUCGACCUGUUGGAUGACCGUAACAGCACUGGAAACGAUCCUUCUCACACGCAGCAUUGGAGCAGUCUUGAUUUUACAAGAGGCUCCUUUGGUCCGGACGAUUGUAUUAAUGACGUAGUCGAAAUAAAAUUUGACAAGCCCAUUCCUAUUAAGGAAAAGAAUAAAUAUGCGAUAAGACUGAGAAGCAGAGGUGGCAGAACUAGUAACGGAGAUGGAGGAUUGCGAGUUGUCAAAGGUCCCGAUGGUACAUCAUUCAUUUUCUCAGCGUGUUCGUUAAGCUCAAAUGGUACUACACAAGCCAGGGGUCAAAUUCCACAUAUCCUGUAUUAUUCCAAUCCCAAAGACACUAACGAACAGCAUACGAGUAAAGCUAUUGCUGAAGUGCAGGCAAGAAAAUGCACUUUAGCAAUGACCGCCACUGUCGUUCAACGUGCUAAUGAUAUUUUAGCUCUCGCGAGAGAAAAAGCCGAUGACAUCGAUGUUAAUGAAAUUCUUGGUAGCGCGGCAUUUGUUACCACACUUCUACCAUUGACGACGGCGUACAUUAUUCCUUUAGCAGCAUCAGAUCCUCGAAGUGGCGUCCAAGUACUAACCCUGAUCCAAGAGAUGCUGCCGCACGUGACGGCUCUGAAUCUCAUUACGGGCAUGAAGUCCUCUCAAACGUCCCUCCAUCAACAAGACAAUGACGGGGCGACGCAGCAAACAGCCGGUACACAUUUUUCACCUCCAGCCACUACCACUAGUCAUUAUUAUACGUGGCUGGAGAGCGAUCACCCCUACAAAGCGGCAACGGUCUCCUAUUAUAAAGUCACCUUUCCCGAAACGGUUAAGUGGCUCACCGUGGAAUUCACCCCGGAUUGCGGCACCGCUCAGCCGGAGGACUAUCUGCAGCUUUACAUUCCGAACGUCGAUGCCAAUGGUGCAAAGUGA